AUGGAUGCUCCGAGAAGAGUUACCAUCAAGGAAGCGGGUGCACCGGAUUAUGUCCUUCAACCCCUUCACGACUUCCAUCGCAUAUGCUCGACUACUAGACGGGAAGGGUCCGAUGAAGUUGCUAUAUGGUUGUUUGCUUUCCCUUUCUCUCUUGAGGACAAGGCUAAAGAAUGGUUCUACACCCUCUCUAGUGAAGUUACCUCCGAUUGGGACUUACUUAGAAGAGGAUUCUUGGAUAAAUUCUUACCUCCGGAGAAGAUGGAUAGGUUGAGGAAGGAAAUGUCUUGUAUUGUGCAAGGUGAAACGGAACCACUCUAUGAGUAUUGGGAACGGUUUCGCAAACUACUAGAUGCAUGCCCCAAUCACAUGCUUGACACUCAAGUAUUGCUUGGAUACAUAUGUCAAGGGAUGCGAGAGCAAGAUAGAACCCUCUUGGACACUUCUAGCAAUGGUUCUUUGUCCAAAUAUAAAACUGCGGAGGAGGCAUGGCAACUUAUUAUUGACUUGGCCGAAUCCAAUCAACAUAUGAGGCGAAGAGUCAACCGUCCAAGGACCGUGAAUGAGGUAUCAACUAGUAGUGAAACCACCGCUCUAACUCAAUCCUUGAAUGAGAUGACAUCUAUCUUGAAGCAACUCCAAUUGAACCAACAACAACCACAACCUCAAUCAUACCAACAACAACACCCUCCACCACCUCAACAACAUAACCAACAAUUGGUUCCUCAAAGAGUAUGUGGUAUUUGCUCUUGCUACUCUCACUACACGGAUGAGUGCCCAAGCCUUCAAGAAGAUAAUACCUUGGCGGCUACCCACAAUUUCUAUGAUCGCCCCAACCAAGGAUAUUACCAAGGCGGUAAUCCUAACCAAGGGUACUCUUAUCAAGGAGAAGGAAGCCACAAUCAAGGAAGUGGACACAAUAACCAAAAUUGGAGAGACAACCAUCAACAAGGGAAUAGGGACAACAACAACAAUGGAGGAGGUCAAAGAUGGGGCCAAAAGGAGCUACAAAACACACUUGCUUCCGGUCUCACCGGUUUCACCUCUACACUACAAGCUCUUCUUGCACGCAUGGAUACACCAUCAACUUCCACUCCUCAACCUCCAAUCCAAAGUGUCAUUCCUUCUCAACCUCAACCAAAUCCAAAGGGAGGCAUCAAUGCCAUCACCCUUAGAUCCGGUACGCAACUAAAAGGGAAGGAAGCAAAGGAGUCGAGCCCUAUCACAACCGCUCAAGAAGAGGAGAGAGUAGACAUAGAAGAGGUAGUGGAAAAGGAGACACCACAAGCCAUAGUUGAGGAUGAGGUCCAACCAACAAGAGAGACAACCAAGGCCAAAAGAACCUUGGAAGAGGAAGUUGCUCAACCACUUCCGUUCCCAACACUUGCAAAGAAAGCUAAAAAGCGCAUAGAACUUGACCACAAAAUGGUGGAAGUAUUCAAGAAAGUUGAGUCACAUGUUGCAGCUGUCAUGUGGCAACGAUACCCAUAUUCUAUGGCUUAA